GUUAACUGGGGUUUUCCUCCCUGUUGCCGUCUGUUUAAAACAACUUCGUUUGAUUUAUUGCAGUUUGAAACAAUAAUGUGUGUUAUUAAAGAGUAAAUAUCAUAUUUCCAAGCAACAAUGAACGAAAUAAUCCCUGGUAGGGCUUGUUCGCGUUUAGUGAAAUGCAUAAACUUGUGAUUGGAUGGCGUCGUUGUUGAUGCAUCAGAAACCCGAAAAACAAAUCCACAAUUACAUUAAAGCCUACCACUGAUAAAACAAAAUAGUUAUGUGUUAACGAGUGUUGGUUUGAAGUGAAAAAUUUUGUUUUGAGAUCAAAACGCGGAGUAUCCAGAUAUUUUUGUUCAAAUUUAAAAUUUUUGUAGUUUCUUUAUUUACGUCAAAUGUCAUCGAGGAUGGUGUUGACAGUUAUGUCAUUUGCAAUUGUUUUUCUGCAAAAAAGAACGUUUUUUAUUUAUGAUUAUUGUGUAGAUCGUUUGUGUAAACAAAUAUCUCACCGUUAAAAUUGUUAGUUGUGGUGCAUUAUUAUUCUCUUAAUACACUGAAAUUCAAGAGCGCGUCAUAGGUUAAGUUUCCGUUUAAUAUGAACAGUAAUCAUAAUACCAAUGACACCUAAUUUCGUGACAUAUAUUAUAAAAUCCGUAGCUCCAGUAUUAGUGUUGAAGAUGGUGAUUGGAUAGUUCCCUCUUUCAUUUUUUGGAAAUGGAUCCCGGAAUACCUAACUUUCCAAUUACAUUAGCAGGUGUUGCAAGUCUUACAGAUUGCAAGGCUGCUUUGCCUGCCGAAUACAGUGUGCAAAAAGUUUUGCCAGAGUUACCAUUACCCACGCCAUCACCUCAAACAUUAAGUAACAAAUCAUUGCUAUUUCAUCCCAGGGUAGCAGAAGAAGCACAAAACUUACUUGGUAUAAAAGACGAGAUUUUAGUUCCUCAGUUAGUUUUGUCCCUCGAAAAAACGUCUGCUGAACAUAUAGAAGUAAAAGAUAAUUAUGCUGGUUCAGACACCAAAUUUGAUAAGGAAGGUAUGCCUGAUCUUCUAAAGGCAUUGUUGGAAGCCAAUCCACAUGUAUUUAGUGGAAACAAAGCUCAAGUAUACCAGCAGCAGCAAAAAUUUUUAAUACAGCAGAAGCAAUACCAGCAACAACAACAAUAUUUGAGGCAGCAACAGCAACUUGCCCCACAGUCUCUACCACAACAACAAACCCAACAAAUAUCUUUAUCACAACCCCAACCACGCAGUUCUCCCCACAACCAACAGAAUAUUGCUUUUCAACCUCAAAAGCAAGAGGUCCAGUCACAUCAGCCGGAGCUUGCUACUAAGAUGUUACAAGACACUGUAAUUAAACCUAAUCAGGAAUCUGCAGUUAGAAAUAAGCAGGACACUAGAUCAACACAUCCACACUUAGAAUCAAUAGCUAAACCUUUAGAUACUUCUACUCAACCGCCAUUGGCUAACAAAUCUGGUGUAGCUAAUGAUGUUGUGUUAUCUUCUGGGCAGCUGCAGGUUUCAUUGCCUAUAGGGCAGCAUUUGGAACAGCAAGUGAAUGUGAUUGGUGCAGAUGCGAUGAGCAAAUGUAACAGUAUACUUGUGAAUGAUCACCCUGCCACAGUACAUAGUACUACUAGUGAGCUUAGACAACUUCGAAGGACUCGAGGUCAAGUCUUACCUAGCGCAGGGGUAAAAGAUGCUACUAAUGAGUCAGGGCAAAAUGUAAUUGGCACAACAGCAUCUAAAGAUUCCAAUGGUAAGACUGUUUAUGAUAGCUUUUUGGGGAAGUCGGUUGAAGAAUCUGGGACUGAAAUAGUGAAAGUGGGGGAUGGUGAAAAGAUAGAUUCUUCGUCUGGAAUUAAACAACCAAUUGUGAGAUUAGGAAGAAUAUCUGUAGAAGAUCAGCUUUUGAUGCAGAAAAGUUUAAAAGAAUUUGUAGAAACUAAGCCUAACCUUGCAAAACAGCUAGGAAUUGAACUUGGAAAACAAACAAAGAAUUAUAAAGAGGAUUCUGAUUCUGACAGAGACCUUGGUACAAGAAAACGGAAAAGGAAGAAUAAAAGUGAUGAUGAAUUUGAACCGGAAGUAGAUCCCACUGAUACUUUUUCCGCUCUAGUUGGAAAACGUAGACGAGUUGGGAACAAAGAGGAAAAUUCGGAACCGCAAAUUGUUCUUUCCAAACCAAAAUUGAGGCGAGUGGAAAAGAAAUUUGUGCCAGUUCUUCAGAAGUUAUCAACCGAAGAGUUGAUGGAAAGCAACACAUAUGUCAGAUUUAAUAAAUCUGUAGAGCAUGUUUUAAGAUCUGUGGAGGAUAUAGAUUUUGCUGAAAUUGGUCCUGAUGAUAUGAUCCAGGAUGAGCAUCUUUUAAGCCGAUCAAUUAUACAGGAAUUAUGUACUGAAUCUGCGAAAUUGAAAGUGUUGGGUGCUAUGGAGAUGAUACCGACGGAUAAGUUGACCAGACUCUUAAACAUUUUGGAACUGACAAUUAGAGGAGGCGACAGAAUAUCUCCUAUAACUGAUGAAGACAAUGAGAGUGUACGCCAGUUUUGGUUAGAAACCACCAUGGAACGAGUAAUGAACGCUGCAGAUGCGAAUUUAAUUUGUUUAUACAUAAUGACCUCACCAAAUAUGUCAAAAAGGGUUUACUUGGAGGAAGUAAUUGACAGAAUAGUGCUUUAUAUAAAAUAUCAUCUUUCAAAUACUAUAUUUCCAUCCUAUGACUCCACUUACAAACUCGAAAAUAAAAAGAAAGACGGCAGGAGAAAGAAGACGACCGUUUCAGAGAAGGGUAUAUUAGUGUUAUAUACGAAAAUUUCAGAAUCCAUCAAUUUAUUAUCGGAACUGCUAAAUAUACAAGUUCUAACGGAUACAUCUGUACUACACGCUUCGUCAAUGGGCAUAUCGCCUUUCUUCGUCGAAAAUGUCAGCGAAAUGCAAUUAGCCUGCUUAAAACUUGUCACAACUAUAUUUACGAAAUAUGAAAGUCACCGCAGGCUGCUUCUCGAUGACAUCUUAGCCUCAAUCGCCCGUCUUCCUAGUACCAAGCGUAGUUUAAGGACAUACAGAUUAAAUAGCGAGGAAAAUAUACAGAUGCUGACUGCUUUAGUUUUGCAGCUAAUUCAAUGUGUGGUUGCUUUACCUGAUAAAAUAGCGACCACCAAAAAUUCAAAAGACAAAACUCCAGACAAAUCUACAAAUCAGGUGGAUAAAGACGUCCUUAUUUGUAAUAAGUUCGAAAAGGCAACCUCGACUGCAGGAACAUUUUUGAAAGUGUUUCUUAGCAAAUGCGGUAAUAAGUCCGAAGAGAUCGAUUAUAGGCCAUUAUUUGAGAAUUUCGUACAAGAUUUAUUAACGACUGUGAAUAAACCCGAAUGGCCGGCGACCGAAUUGCUACUUUCCCUCUUGGGUAAAAUGUUGGUUCAAAAUUUCUCAAACAAAAGCACUGAUAUGUCUCUCAGGCUCGCAAGUUUGGAUUACCUGGGCGUGGUUGCGGCGAGAUUGCGUAGGGAUAGUGUGCUAUCCAGGUGCAAGCUUAAUACAAUUGAUCAAAUGAUCAAAGAUAUUAGACAGGAAGAGAUGAAAGAUAGGGAGGAAACUUCUUCCAAGAAAAAGCAUUCUUCGAUCAAAAGUGAUGAUGAUCGUACUCAAUUUUUGCAAAAAAUACUGUUGGAUUUCUUGGCUGUAAAUUCGCAAAAUGAUGAAUCUUAUAAAUACGCAAGGCAUUUUUAUAUCGCGCAGUGGUAUAAAGAUCUCGUGAAUGAAAAAACCCAAUUAAUAUCUGGAGGUAAGAAGAAAAAUCUCUCGGGCAAGAAAGAUGAUAAAAGUGGCGACGAGGAUGAUUCAGAGCCCGAGAGAAAAAAUUCCGAACAAGAAAAUGCCGAUAAAUUUCGCGUAAUCGAGGAAAAGAAGAAAAUUUUGUUGGCGAAAGUUAUCGCUUUUCAAGAAUCCAUGUCGUCUGGAAACCGCGUUCAGGUCUUUCAAACUUACAUUGAUUACAACAGUGCUGAACUUAUAGCUCAAUUUUUGGCAUCAAAAAGACAUUUCUCACAAAGCUUUGACCAAUAUUUGAAGGCGAUACUUAUUGUUUUAAAAGAAACGUCUAUCGCUAUAAGGACUAAGGCCAUGAAAUGUUUAACAAUGAUAGUAGAAGCGGAUCCUUCCGUAUUGGGACGGCACGAUAUGCAAAUGGGCGUUAACCAAUCUAUAUUAGAUCAAUCGACAUCGGUCAGGGAAGCGGCGGUUGAUCUUAUUGGAAAAUUUGUUUUGAGACGCCCCGAACUCAUCGACAAGUAUUACGAAAUACUCUCUCCUCGAAUAUUAGACACAGGUGUUAGUGUUAGGAAGAGGGUGAUUAAAAUCCUCAAAGAUAUUUGCGUGGAGUGUCCCGAAUUUCCAAAGAUUCCCGAAAUAUGUGUGAAAAUGAUACGACGGAUAAAUGACGAAGAGGGGAUCAGAAAACUAGUCAUGGAAGUGUUCCAAAACAUGUGGUUUACACCUAUUAAAGGCGACGACUCAUUGUUGAGGAAAGUUAUGCAUAUCACGGACGUCGUUGCCUCAUCCAAAGAAAUCGGUUUGGAAUGGUUCGAGCAGUUGCUUCUAAGUCUUUACAAACCAAAAGAAGAUAAGGACGAUUCAACUAAAAUAAACACCGAGCCGCCAAAGGCUUUGUUGUCAGCUUGUAGGCAAAUUGUUGAUUGUCUUAUUGAAAAUAUUUUAAGGCUGGAAGAGAACAGCGCACGUUCUGGCGCAUCCGAAAGAUUAGUGGCGUGUGUGACUACUUUGCAAUCGUUUGCUAAAAUCAGACCACAGCUGUUAAUUAAACACGCCAGCACGUUACAGCCUUAUCUUGCUCUAAAAUGUCAUUCUGAAGGCGACGCAAAAAUCAUUAGCUGCGUUGCCAGAAUGCUUGAACUGGUCGUCCCACUUAUGGAACACCCCAGUGAUACAUUUCUGGCACAGUUAGAGGAAGAUGCAAUGAAAUUAAUUUUGCAAUACAAUCGACCCAUAGUGAGCAGUUGCUUGUCUUGUCUGGGAUCGAUUAUAAACAAGGUCACGCACAAUUUUAAGCUUAUUCGCGAUUGCUUUAAAAGGUUUAAUAUGACAUUGUUGGAAUUUAAGAAGCGACUCGAAACCUAUGAUAUGGAUUUCCAAAACAAUUUUCGAAAUAGGCAGUUAUUGCGUAGAUCUCUGUUUGUUGUCGGACUUUUGCUUCGUCAUUUUGAUUUUAAGAACCCUAACGUAUUAGGGGAUCUAGCGCCUGACACGAAAGAUCAAGUGUACUUGAACAUGAUGUACUUCUUACAACAAAAUAACAUCGACAUACAAAGCAAUACUUUGAUCGCGUUGGGGAGCAUAUGCAUUCGACAUUAUGAAUUUAUGCUGGAACCUGAACUGAAAGUAUUUUAUCAUAGGCAGCUAACAAUGGAUGACGCUCCGUUGAAGAUGAAAAUUGAGGUGCUAGUUAACAUUGAAAAUUAUCUUAUUGAGGAGGAAAAUCGGAUGAUUCAACAAGAUCUCGAAUGGUCGAAAAGAUCAAAGCAAGAAAACUUGAAGGAAAUGAAUGAUGUUUCUUCGGGCAUGGCGAGCACUGUGAUACAGCUUUAUCUUAAAGAGAUCAUGCAGUCCUAUCUACAUAACAGUUUAUUAGUUAGGCAACCCGCCUUGAGGGUUAUCCAACUGGUAUACAAUCAGGGUUUAGUACAUCCAGUGCAGAUUGUCCCGUAUCUGAUCUGCAUGAGUACAGAUCCGGAAAAAUCCGUGUCGCAUAGUGCCGACAAGACCCUGCAAGAUAUCGAAAAGAAGUAUCCUGGAUUUAUCCACACGCAAGCGUCCUUCGGCAUCAGAUUGUCCUAUCAACUACAAAAAAUUUUACAAAACGACGCCAUCGUUCGGGGCUCCAAGGUCAAAGAGCAAGGAGAAUAUCCGACCGCUUUGAACGGCUACUUGUAUUCUCUGCUUAGGAAUUCCAGACAACAAAGACGUGCCUUAAUUCUUAAAUUUAUGAAGCAUUUCGACGAACAAGCCCGAACGAGUUUGUCCUAUAUGUUGUAUCUUGCGGACGACUUGGCGUAUUUCCCUUAUCAAGUUCAAGACGAACCCUUGUUCAUUGUGCAACACAUUGACUUGAUGAUCUCAAAUUCGGGAACAAAUCUUUUACAGUCCUUUCGAGAGGGUUUGUUAACGGAUGGGCAAAAUAAAAUACCCGAAACGGAAAACGGGGAAAUGAAUAACGUUGUGUCGGCGUUGGACGAAGAUGAUGAUGAGGACGCCUUAGCGGCAAGAGUACCCGAAGACGCCAGCCAUUUGCAGGCUUGUCUGACCGCAGCUCAGGGUUGUUUAUUGCUUCUCGUGUUGAAGCAACACAUUAAAGACAUAUAUGGUUUGAGUGAUGGUAAAAUUCAGCUAUAUUCGCCUUCGGCGGCAGCAAAGGUUUACGAAAAGGCCAUAAGUCGUCGCUCCAAUGCUCUCUUUAAUCCUAAAGCUACUAUUCAGAAGAUCAAAGAAGGCACACCAUCAGAGUAUCUCGACGAAAACGGCAGACGGGAUCUGAUUCGACAGUAUUUAGAUUUUAAGCACCUUAUGCUGCAAUUGGAUCCUGACGACGUCGAAGACGACGAAAAUAAGGUCAUGGCGUUGGGAGGAAACGUCAAUCCGCAACUGAAUUCUGGAACACCGGGUGCCAUUUUGACGGAAGCCGAUCAACUGGUGCUUCAGAACUACAAGGAUCAUUCUCCACCGAAAGUGCCGAAACUGGUGAUAUCGCAUAGACGAUUUGAAAGUGAUACGAAACGCACGCCGCGUAGCCAACGAUCGUCUGAGAAAACAAAAAAAGUAAGACACAAAAAGAAGCGAAGAAAAAUUAUGAGUGACAGUGAAAGUGAAAACGAUUACAGUGAUCCCGACUUUAUGGUUUAAAAGAUAAUGUACAGUUUAUUUGUAAUAAUUUAAUAGGAAGUGAAAAAAUUUUUAUAAAUAAAUGAAAAAAUCUUUAAACGAAAGAAAAAGACCGAAUCAUAAUAUAAUCCCCACUCAGAUAGACGUUUAUGCUUCCGCGGGGUUGCACUUAUAGUAAUACAGCCGACGUGAUGUAUUAAUUUAAGAUAUAAUACGGUGGGUUUUUAGUUGAUUUGUUUUUUUUUUUUUUUUGCUUGCAGAGAUAGUUUCUCACAUCCGUUAUAAAUAUGAUAGAGUAUAUUAUAUGUGAACCUCUCUGUGACCAUUUUGUAUAGUUUUUUAUGCAUUUUUUUAUACGUAUGUAACGAGAUAACACCGUACGAAGAUGUUUUAAAGAAACCCGACCUCUAUAUGCCGCUGGGAGUUGAAAAAAAGUUAAGCAAAAUUUCGUGGUAAUAUAUUUUGUAUACAUGUUUUGUUUAAAAUACUCGACAAAUUGGAAAACAGUAUCGUUUGGCAUCUGUGUAGGCGCUGCGGAAACUUAUACCACAAAAAAGAGUGAUGUAAAUAGAGGAGCCUUCCCAGCUUUAAGAUUUGGAGCACACAGUGUUGCUACAUCUACACUAACAUGUCAAUAUUUUGCCCUUUUUGAAAUAAAAAUUAAUUUCCCCAGUAUUGAAGCAGUUUGGAGCUUGAUUAAAGAAAAAAGUUUUGCAGGCGGCUAGAGAGAACAUUUAGAUAAAUACACGGUGUUUCAAAAAUAAGAUGUUGGAAUCGAAAUUCCAGAAUAAUUGUUUACUAACAUACCCUGUCUCGAGUGUCCGCUAUUCUGCCUUAGUCUUUUUGAAAUAAAAAAUAUUUUUAUUAUUUCAAAUAAUUUAUAACGAACGAAACUUAAAUGUGAAUUUAAAAUUAAUAAUAAGGUAUUGAUGGUUUUCAAUACUUCAUUUAUUGUUAUUUAAUCAAUUUUAUUUGUGCAAGUAUGUAGAAGCGGCAACGCUUGGUGCUGGCUUCAUAAUUUAUAAACCACGCUGUAUACACUGUCGUGAUUUUCCGCAAUUUCUGAUAUGUACUCCAGCUUUUACUUUGCGUCACAGUCUACUUUUAGAUGUUUUAUUUAAAAUGCCUUUUAUGGCUUCAAAAAAUUAAAAAUCAAAUAAUUUUACUUUAAACUUCUCACUUUUGUGAUUUAGACUGGAUAUGUAACUAAUAGCGUCUACAUGUUUUCAAAUGUCGACUCGUUAAGACUCCGAACGUAAGCUUAAACAUUUUUUUUUGAAAAAUCCACAGGCAACUCUUAAAAUACAUCCAAAUCUUCAUUUCUGGGAAAAAAAAUUGGUUCUGGUGUCCUAAUGAGAGCUGCGAUGAAUUCAAAUUUUAACGCCUAAAUUUAUAAUUACAACUUUUUUUAACAUCUAAUAUAGAGUGAUAAAAAAUUGUCCUAAACAAACUUUAAAGAUUUGUGUGUAUUUUGUCAGCAUAAAAUGAGCCAACUGAAUGAAAUAAUCCUUACCUUAACGACUUUGUUGCGUUUAGUAAGUAACCUGUUUCAAAUUUGGACCAAAAAUCAAAUAAAUCAAAAUAAACGUUGGGUGGAGCCUUGUUGGAAAUUCAGUUCAAUAGCGGUUUAGGCAAAAUUUUAACCAAUUGAUCUUCGCAUAGCUUCAGUAUUUCGAUUUAUAUUUUGAACUAGUUCCUGUGACAUUUUGUAUUUUUCUUUUAGCCAUGUACAAGCACAGUCGGCAACAGGAGUGUAAGAGUAAAAGUAAUUAAGUGUGGUUGUCUAAAUUUUUUUUUUUUUUAAUUUAUUAUUUUCACGAAAUCUUUAAUUUUUUGGGUUCUAUUGAAAUGACUCAGUUACAAAUGAGAUUAAACUACAAAAAAAUUUCAUGUAUUAGAAAAUUGCUUUUAGCUAAUUUUUUAGCAAUUCUGCACGUCGUUACUUGUGCCAUGGAACGUUUAUAAAAAUGAUGCACGUAUAUGCAAUGCAUAUUUACUACCUAUUUUUUCAAAUUUUGUAAGUUUUAAUUUUAACUAAAGUUUUAAAUUUUCAUAAUUUUUUUAGUCAAAAAUGAGACAUUUUAAAUAAUUUAAUGUUUCAUCUUUUAGAAUUAAAUGUGAAAUAUUUGACUAGAAAAUUCUGGGCGAGGACAAAAAUCAGUAAAAACGAGAGAAUAUCUAAAAGGUCUUUUGUCUCAUUUUUUAAAUUGAUCUCGUUAGUUCUCAAUUCGUUGUAAACAAUGUAGUUUGUCGUUUUUUAUUUUACGCACACUGAAAUUUUUAUAUAGCUUAUACAGUGUAUUGAUUACAAAACAAAUUUUCCGUUCAAUCUAAACAUUGAUAUAUUUUAGUUUAGAUGAUCUUGAUUUAAAUCGAUUUUCCACAAGGAAUAAAUGAAUUAGUCUAGUCAGUAUGUGGAAAAUAAGUAAUUUUAUUUUAUUUUGUCGGAAUAAGGUUUUAAAAUUUUAUUUAUAUAUAUUUUAAAAAUUGGUUUAUGGUAACAGUAAUGUGCUAUAGACCUAUACUUGCAAUUGGAUGGUGGAUAAAUUUCUUUUAUUUAAAAGUUACCUAAUAAUAAUUGUACCCCAGUUUCAAAGGUUUUUAAAUUUUUCAAAUAGAAAUCAGUAUUAAUUAAGUUUAUUGCUUAAUAUACAUCACUAUCACACUCGUUACGCGUCGCAAUGUAACGGUGCUUAGGUAAAAAGUACGUCUUAAAUUUGUUGCAGGUUAUUUCUUAAGUAGAUUAUUUAUAUUUAUAACCUUAGCUCUAAAUUGUUACAGUGAACGUGUACUUUCUGUUAGCCGCUGUUUGCUUUGACCACUAAAAUAUUUUGUUCUAGCGUGUAUAUUAAGGUCAAACAAACAUGUGUUAUUCAGGGUUUUCCAUUUUUGUCAAACUCCCGAUUUGUAUUUAAAUAA